AUGAAGGGUGCGGCUGGUGUUGAUGAGGCUCUCGCUCAGCCUGAUGAUGUUAUCGGACCAAUCCGUUGCACUUAUCAGGGACAGGUUACAUGGAAGCCUGUCGCUCGUCCUGCUCCCCCACCGGCCCCUAAGGCCCCUGCUGCCCCCAAGGCCGAGGCUCCUGUUGAAGCCGAGAAGAAGCCUCAGACUGCCUUCUCUAAGUGGUUGAACUUCUUCCUCGUUUUCAUUGUUGUCGGCGCUUGCUGUGCUGGUAUCGGUGCUAGUCGUAGCGUCGCUUUGGUUGACCAGAUGAUGUCCUUCGUGAUGGCUGUUAUUGUCGGUUACUUCCUCGUCUGGGGUGUCGACCAUGCCUUGCAUACCCCUCUCAUGUCUGAGACUAACGCCAUCUCUGGUAUCAUUGUCGUUGGCGCCAUGCAGCAGCUCUCUGCUUGCGGUGCUUUCGCUCAGAUUUGUGCCAUUUUGGGUACCUUCGCUGCUGGAUUCAAUAUCUUCGGUGGUUUCUGGAUCACCAAACGCAUGCUUGCUAUGUUCCACCGAUAA